CUCGUCAGAUACUACCUCGUGAUGGUGACGUUGAUGUGGAACGGCGUGGAAGCAUACAACAUGUACUGCAUGCUGGUGCUGGUCUACCACAAUCACAUCAAUAACUUUAUUUUCCUUUCUAUCUGUAUUGCAUGGGGUCUCCCAGCCUUGUUAGUGUUGAUCAUUCUGUCAGUGGAUGGAACCGCUUUCGAUGGAGCUUAUGAGAAAUGUACUUUCAGGCAAGUAGUUACUUGA